CACCGGCGCCGCCCCCGCGGGAGCGGCGCUCCGGAUAAUUAGCGAGAUAAUAAUCGUUGCCUGUGACAUCUCCUGUUGAAUAAACUGAGACUGGAACAUCUUGUAUCAGCUCUUGUACCUGUACCUGCCACGAUGAGAAGUUGCAUAAGGCAGAGAGAAAUUUUCCAGCUUUAUAAGGAGAAAAAAGAUGUUCAUCUCCUGAACUGUGCCAGGCAAAAUAACAGUGCAACAUAAAACUUGAUCUUUUUGGACCCCUGUCUAGCUGAUCCAUGUUUCCAAACUGUCUCUUGUAACAUUCUCAAGCAGCCAAAAUGAAGUUGAAGCAUAACAUCAACCCUGUUCUUUUACAGUUUAUAAACUUCAUAGUCCUGGUGUACUCCCUUGUAACGUACAUUCCAUGGUACAUACUUUCAGGAUCAAAGCAGGCUAUAGCAAAAGCCAAGCAGGUUAAAGCCAGACCUGUGAAUAACAAGCCUGGGGGUGCAUACAGAUCUGUGAACAGUCUGCAUUGCUUAGCUUCAGUUUUAUAUCCUGGGUGUGAUACACUCGACAAAGUCUUUAAAUACGCUAAAACUAAAUAUAAGGACAAAAAACUCUUGGGAACACGUGAAAUUCUGAAAGAGGAAGAUGAAAUCCAGCCGUCAGGAAAAGUUUUUAAAAAGGUCAUCCUUGGCAAGUACACCUGGCUUUCUUACGAAGAUGUGUACAUUAAAGCUGUUAAUUUUGGAAAUGGCUUAGCAGUCUUGGGUCAGCAGCCAAAGACUAACAUUGCUAUCUUCUGUGAGACCAGAGCUGAGUGGAUGAUUGCAGCCCAGGCCUGCUUUAUGUGCAACUACCAGCUUGUUACUCUGUACGCCACGCUGGGGGGCCCAGCAAUAGUUCAUGGGCUGAAUGAAACAGAAGUGACCACCAUCAUUACUAGUAAAGAGCUGAUGCAAACAAAAUUGAAGGAAAUUGUUUCUCAAGUUCCACUACUGCGACACAUAAUUACAGUGGAUGGCAAACCCACAACGUGGUCAGAGUUCCCCAAGGGUGUCAUUGUUCACACCAUGGCAUCUGUGCAAGCCAUGGGGGCCAAGGCAGACACUGGAAACAAGCAGCCAUCCAGGCCUGUGCCCUCAGAUAUUGCAGUGAUCAUGUACACAAGUGGAUCCACAGGAAUUCCCAAAGGAGUUAUGAUCUCCCAUUGCAACAUAAUUGCUGGGAUAACUGGAAUGGCUGAGAGGAUCCCAAACCUGGGGGAAAAAGACAUUUAUAUUGGGUACCUGCCCCUUGCCCAUGUUCUGGAGCUGAGUGCUGAGCUUGUGUGUCUGUCUCACGGGUGCCGCAUCGGUUACUCUUCCCCUCAGACGUUGGCUGACCAGUCUUCUAAGAUAAAGAAAGGAAGCAAAGGGGAUGUUACUACACUGAAGCCAACUCUAAUGGCAGCAGUUCCAGAAAUUAUGGAUCGAAUCUACAAAAACGUCAUGAAUAAAGUGAAUGAAAUGACCAGUUUCCAGAGGAAUCUAUUUAUAUUGGCCUACAACUACAAAAUGGAACAGAUUUCCAAAGGUUACACUACCCCACUCUGUGACAGCCUUAUCUUCCGCAAGGUGCGGAUGCUGCUGGGCGGGAAGAUCCGCGUGCUGCUGUGCGGCGGCGCCCCGCUCUCGGCGGCCACGCAGCGCUUCAUGAACAUCUGCUUCUGCUGCCCCGUGGGGCAGGGCUACGGCCUCACCGAGUCCGCCGGGGCUGGCACCAUCACCGAAGUUUGGGACUACACUACAGGAAGAGUGGGAGCACCUUUGGUCUGUUGUGAAAUCAAGUUAAUGAACUGGGAAGAAGGUGGAUAUUACAAUACUGAUAAACCAUAUCCUAGAGGUGAGAUCCUUAUUGGAGGGCAGAAUGUGACUGUGGGCUACUACAAAAAUGAAGCACGAACCAGAAAGGAUUUCAGUGUUGAUGAGAAUGGGCAGAGGUGGCUCCAUACUGGAGACAUUGGAGAGUUUCAUCAUGAUGGAUGUCUAAAAAUUAUUGAUCGCAAAAAGGAUCUUGUAAAACUACAGGCAGGAGAAUAUGUUUCUCUUGGCAAAGUAGAAGCAGCUCUGAAGAAUCUCCCACUGGUGGAUAAUAUUUGUGCAUAUGCAAGCAGCUUCCAUUCUUAUGUCAUUGGAUUUGUUGUGCCAAAUCAAAAGGAGCUUGCAGAACUAGCCCGAAAAAAAGGAUUUAAAGGAACUUGGGAAGAGAUCUGUAACAGUCCUGAGAUGGAAAAAGAGGUUCUGAAGGUGCUGGCUGAGGCUGCCAUGGCAGCAAACCUGGAGAAGUUUGAAAUCCCAGUGAAGAUCCGUUUGAGCCCUGAUCCUUGGACCCCAGAGACUGGUCUGGUGACGGACGCGUUCAAACUGAAGCGCAAGGAGCUGACGGCGUUCUAUCAAACGGACAUUGAUCGAAUGUACGGCAAAAACGUCAAAUAAUCCUCCUCUGCACCACUGCUGCAGUGAGCUUGGAUCAAAUAGGAAAUACUUGAAUUGCCUGUCUCAACUCAACACUUGAGAUCAACACUCAAAACCACCAUUCCUCAUUUCCAGCUUAAGCUGUUCUUUCUAAUGACGUCUCCAUGAUGACUGGCAAGUUUAGUAAAAUGUUAUGGCAGCAAACUUGUGUCUGUCUCCUUUUUUCCAGUUUUCUCUGCUACCUUGUCAGUCUGUGGAUUUUCCCGGGUCUUUUUGGGAAACCAUGAUUCUGAAGCCUCAAGUUUUUAAACAUUUAUAAAUCCUGUAUAAUGUUUUAUUUGUAUCUUUAAAAUUUGGAUGUAUAUAGAGAGAACUUGGCUAUAUAAGAAAUGGUUAUACUGGGGGCCUUUUUUUACCUAAUUAUUUAAAGAUAAGAAGGUAUUGAUGUUGUGACAUUAUGUACAUUGAAAAUGCUUGUAACAAGGUAAUUGUUGAACAGAGGACCAGGUUAUUUGCUGCUGUGCUAUUUUUCUGUGUAAAUCUGAGGGAGAAAAUGUUUGACAUUCCAGCUUGUGUAAUGCACCUUCAAUAUGUGCCUAAUGGUUACUUUUAUUUUUAUCUGAAAAUGGAAGGAUGGUCAUGGCACAGCUCUGCCUCAAGGCAGGUACUCUUGCAGGUGUUAGUUAAAGCUCCUUUAAUACAGAAGAUGCUAUUAACACAGCAGAAGUUAAACCUAAGAAUAAUCUCUCAGAUACAGAAAUUCUUUUUUGAAAUAGCUCGUGACCAUUUCAUCCAGAGCUGAAUUGUGUAGUGCUAAUAUGAACUCUCAUCAUUAAUUUCACCUUAUACUUUACAAGCUUGACUGUGUCCUUUUAACAGAGGGACUGUAGCAACCUUUGUCUUUUCUCAUUAGGUUCGGACAUUACAGUGGAUUUCUUCUUUCGUUGUUUAUUAAGGUUUGGCAAGACUCCUGCUCUGCUCUAGCUGCAACCCAGAUCUUCCUGGGGGGGAUUUUUAAAGUCAUAAUGACAGUUAUGUUCUCAGCUCACACAGUGCCUAGCUGCCCUUUGUGCCAUUAAAAAUCUCCCUUUGAUUCUCUGUUCUUUUGUGUAGUACUUUUUGCUUUAAAAAUAGAUAUUUGAAGCAUUUAUCAGCCAGAGUUAUUUAUGUUGCUUGGUUUGUUACACCUAACUCUUACUUUGAGAAGGAGUCUCAAUUUCUGUUUCCAUAGAGAUUCAUGGAUAUUGUUUGAAAAAAAUAUGGAGGCUCUUUCAUCUUGAAUGAGAGCAUUCAGAUUUGUUUCAGAUGUGAAUUUUAUUUUCAAAAUACUUCUGGAAAGAAUAUUCAGGGUUACAUGAGAAUGUGAAAAGGCAUACAUCAGUCAACUUUGUGAUGAAGCAAAUACUAAAAUGGCUUUAAUUUGGAGAUUACUCUCCUGUGUAUCAUUUACUUGUAGUACUAAAACUCAAGGUCCUGAUGCUUACUUAGUGCCCUGCUAUGGUAGCACAUAGCAAUGCUGAAGGCCAGAAGCUUAGUUUGGAACAGGCAGUUCCUGGUGAUUGUCUUUGUGACAUGAGACUUUGGGAGGUAUUUGAUGUGCAAAUUCUCAUUUUAUAAACCUCUGAAAUAUUUUUAAAUUAAUGCUCUCUGUUGACUAUAGAAAGCAGAUUCAUAGGGUUUGAAGGUUAUCAAGCAGGUUCCCUGAUGAAAUGAUGAGGUGCUUUGGGCUAAUUAUGGAUUUCCCCUGCUGCUGUCCAUGACAAACUGUUAACAUUUGGUAAAUUUUGGUGUAAGUAAUCAAAUGGAAAUAGAAGCAACAAAAAGAAAUCAGAACCAUAUUUUUGAGAUUACUGCAUUUAGAUAUCCAGAUCAUAAAUGAAAACCUUGUGGCAAAUAGAGAUAAGACAAAUGUUGAAAAAUGACCGAAGAAUCCAAAUAUGGAAAAAUUGCCAAGGCUGUAGGGAAGUGUCACCCCAUGUAUUAGACAUUACUAACACUUAAAUUUGUAUCUGUGCUCAUCAACAGGUUCUUAAAUAGAAUUCAGCACAGACUGUACAUUGUUCAAAUAUUUUUGUGAUUUUUAGUGAAAAAUAAUAAAUUGCUGAAGUACUAUGUAUAUCACUUGGGGCAUUGUGCAGCAGAUUUAAGAAAAUAAAUCUGCUUUUGGUUAAACAAAUCUGAAGUUAGUAUUUUGUUCUGCUAAGGGUUUAAAUCCCCUUUUGAAAAAUUGCAUAAAGGAAACUUUUAAAAUGGUUUGGAAAUAGUAGUUUUAUUUUCUUUUUUCUAAUCCAGUCACAAGAUGGGGUUGCAGUCUAACUCUGCAUUUGAUUUUACAGUUCAGGGGUUUUUUUUAUGUUUAAAAUGGAUGUGAUAUAUAUAGUUCCUCUUUCAUUAGGCAUCAGAUUCAUUGUGGACAUUUAUUUCUUCUACAGAAUGUGAAAACAAAGCAGUUCAUCAAGUUUAGUCUCAGUGCUGGAGAUAGAAAGACUUAAAAAUCUUUGUGAUGCGUGUGGGGUUUUUUUCUUUUAAUUUGUAGCAAAAGACAGACUCCACUCCUGCUGGAUUGUGAGUACUUCCAUGUCCCAUUGAGGCCACCUGUGCUGGAGGUGCUGGGGGCUGUGAUGGGGUGUUCAGUCAGGCUGCACUUCAGGUGUGGGGCUCCCUCCCUCCCCUGCUCCCCUGGGCUGCCAGGUCCUCCUGCCUGCCACCCCGUGCUCCUGCAUUGCUGAGCACAACAACAGCUUUGCAGGGAUUUAUCCCAGCCCUACAGAGAUGCACUGCUUGCCAGCUGGGAGUGCCCUUUUUAUUUUUUUGUUUUGUUUGGGUGUGUUUUUUUUGUUUGUUUGUUUUGUUUCUUGGAUUUUGGGUUUUUUGUGUCUUCCCAUGCCCUGUGUAACAAGAACAAAAGUACCUGCUGGAAUGCACUGCUCUGUCCCAGGGGCUGUGGGCAGCUGUGCAGGAGCUGAGAAGUGUGUGUUUGAGAGGUGUGGUCUCUGUCACAUAGGGGAUUUUGUAAUGAAAAGAGCUGCAAUUUUAAACAAUCUGAGUGCAAACUAAGAGCAAGGGGCAUAUACCUCACCUGAAGGGCCCCCAAAAAAGGGGGAUUUUUAACAAAACUUUUGUAAAUAAAAAUUUACCAGGUCUCUGAAUCACUGAAAAUUGUAACUACUUACUCACUUGUGAAAAUCUAUGUAUUUCAUUAUUAAAAUGGUUGACCAUGAAAUUCCAGGGAUGCUGUGAAUAUCCUUUAAAUUUCACAAUUCUUUAAAAAAUUUUCAGGACUGUAGGCUAUCAUUCAAUCUAGAUGUGUUCUUUGCAGAGCAUAGGGUUUCUGGGGUAGGUGAAAAAUUCAGAAGUUACAUGUCAGAAAAGACAGUGUUGAGUUUGCUGCUGCACAUCUCACAGAGGCAGGAGCACACCUCAAAGGGGAGCUGUAGCUGAGCAGGGAAAGAUUCUGCUGAAAUGGCAGUGAAAAGCAAUGUGUGACUGGGGCUAAGAACAUAACAGGUCCCUACAUCCCACUGCUCUACAGACAGGAUGCAGAGAAGGGUAUGGAAUCCAAACCACACAUUAGGAACACCCUAAGCUGGUAAGUUUAUGCAGAAAUGGCUAUAGGACAUAAAACUCCUUUGCAAUAACCUUUGUCCUGCUAAAAUUCACAAACUUUUUAUUCUGUACUAAAACUACAUUUAGGUGAUGCAAUGCAGCAUUUUAAAUUUUUAUUACUGUGGUGUAUCAACUACUUUGGACUUGGUAUAAAAUCAUGUACAUCUGUUUCUUUACUGGUAAGAGGAACAAUUUUCAACUUGCCUACACCUUGGACCAGGCUGAAACGUUAAUUGAAUGACCAAUUGUGUAUUGUUGUAAUGGGUUAUUUAAUGUAAACUCAUUUUCAAUGUGAUCUUGGUUGUUACUAUGAACUGCCUGAACAUUGUAUACCCUAAUUGAGUUAUAUUGUAUGAAUUAUUUAUUUGUAAUUGGAUAUCAUGUUUCAAAAAUAAAAUUAAUUUCACAAA